AAAAUAUUCCAUUUAAUAAUCAGUUGUCUGUGAAUCGUCGACUGGUAUAAACGUACAAUUUUAGAGAUACAGUUUAAAAGCCGGCUUUUAAUUAAUUUAAUUUUAUUGUUUUGUGAAUUGUGAUAAGGCUUUAAAGAAGUGAAGAUAAUACAAAUUUUAAUCAAUAGUAAAAGUGCAUUUUUGUGAUAAUGUCGAAGGUUAAAAGUGCUGAUAACAUCGAGCAAUUAUUCCACGAUGAUCCAUACCUGAAACCUUAUGAAGGCGAGAUCCGGAGAAGACAUGACAUCGUUAAAGACUGGAUGAAAAGUAUUGGAGAGUCGGAAGGUGGACUUGAUAAUUUUUCACAAGGUUACAAUUAUUAUGGCAUUCAUAUUCAACAUGAUAACUCGGUUAUUGCUCGAGAAUGGGCGCCAGGAGCAAAACAAUUGUAUUUGACUGGUGACUUUAAUAACUGGCAAUGGCUAUCACAUGAGUUCAAAAAGUUGCCAUUCGGUAAAUGGGAGUUAAAAAUGCCACCUGCAGAGGACGGUUCAUGUCAAAUUAAGCACAUGUCGGAAGUUAAAGUGAUUGUUCGUCGACAAGAUGAUCAGCUCGUUGACCGUCUAAGUCCAUGGGCUCCGUAUGUCGUUCAACCACCGAAAUCAGCUAAUCAGGGUACAAAUUAUAAGCAAUAUGUGUGGCAUCCACCAGCACACGAGAAAUAUCAUUUUCGUAAUAAGCGUCCAAAGGCACCACGUUCACUUCGCAUUUAUGAGUGUCAUGUUGGAAUAGCAACUGAAAAUUAUGAAAUUGGCUCAUAUAAGAACUUUGCUGAUAACGUCAUUCCUCGAAUCGUCCGUCAAGGAUAUAAUGCAAUUCAAGUUAUGGCUGUUAUGGAGCACGCUUAUUAUGCAAGCUUCGGUUAUCAAGUCACAAGCUUCUUUGCUGCAUCAUCUCGUUGUGGAACGCCAGAUGAGUUGAAAUAUAUGAUUGAUGCUGCACAUAAGCAUGGCUUAUACGUUAUGCUUGACGUCGUUCAUUCACAUGCGAGCAAAAACGUGCAGGACGGAUUAAAUCAAUUUGAUGGCACAAAUGCUGGUUUUUUCCAUGACGGUGCUCGCGGAGAACACACACUUUGGGAUUCUCGGCUCUUUAACUACACUGAAUUUGAAGUGAUGCGCUUCUUGAUUUCUAAUUUGCGUUGGUGGCAUGAUGAAUAUCAGUUUGAUGGAUAUCGAUUCGAUGGCGUAACGUCAAUGCUAUACCAUUCUCACGGCAUCGCCGAAGGAUUUUCAGGACACUACGAUGAAUAUUUCGGUCUUAAUGUCGACACAGAUUCGUUCGUUUAUCUCGCACUGGCAAAUAAAUUUCUCCACGAUUUAGAUCCAAAUGUUAUCUCAAUAGCUGAGGAUGUGAGUGGAAUGCCAACAUUAUGUAGGACAUUUAAUGAAGGUGGCUGUGGAUUUGAUUAUCGACUAGCAAUGGCUAUUCCUGAUAAAUGGAUUAAAAUUCUUAAGGAACAAAAAGAUGAAGAUUGGGUAGUUGGUGAUAUUAUUCAUACUUUAACAAAUCGCCGUUGGAAGGAAAAAACUGUUGCUUAUGCAGAAAGUCAUGAUCAAGCAUUGGUUGGCGAUAAGACAUUGGCAUUUUGGCUAAUGGACAAAGAGAUGUAUAGUCACAUGUCAACAUUAUCUGAACAAUCGUUGGUUAUUGACCGUGGAUUAGCAUUACAUAAGCUAAUUCGUUUAAUUACGAAUGGACUUGGCGGUGAAGCAUACUUGAAUUUCAUGGGUAAUGAAUUUGGACAUCCUGAAUGGCUUGACUUUCCUAGAAUUGGAAACAAUGAGUCAUUCCAUUAUUGUAGACGUCAAUGGAGUUUAGUUGAUAAUGAUUUGCUUAAAUACAAGUUUCUGAAUAAUUGGGAUCGUUCGAUGAACUUUACUGAAGAGAAAUAUGGAUGGUUGAGUAAGAAUGAUGCUGGAUAUGUCAGCUGGAAGCAUGAAGACGAUAAAGUCAUUGUUUUUGAACGAUCUGGGCUUGUUUUUGUUAUUAAUUUCCACAAUUCUAAGAGCUUUAGUGACUACAAAAUUGGCGUUGAAGUUCCCGGAAAGUACAAUAUUGUCCUUAACUCAGAUGCACCUGAAUUCGGAGGCUUUAAUCGUGUCGAUUCUUCAGCAAUUCAUCACACCUUCCCUGAAGGAUAUGCCGGUAGACGUAAUCACAUGUGUGUUUAUAUUCCGAGCCGUACAGCAUUUGUUUUUGCUAAAGCAUCUGAUUAAAUCACAAUUUGUUGUUCAUUUUGAAUUUUAAUGCUAUUAUUGUUGUCAUUUGAUGAAAAACAUAUUAUUUUCUCUCUUAUCCAAUUGAUUAGUGUUGUCACAGAAUUUUUAUACACAGAGAAUAUUGUAGGUCUAUAGAAUUUAUGUAAAGUUAUCGACAUUUUUGUUUGUAGGAAUAAAAAGUAUUUAGUUCAAUCGUUGAUCUGCUGAUUUCAAGCUCUUAUUAAUUUUUUAAAUUGGGUUUCGAACGGAAUUUUCAAAUUUAAAAAACAUUUGUAUGGUUUUGAAAGUUGAGUUUGAUCAA